UGGAAAUGAUCAGAGAUGGCGGGAGACCAUGCCCGCCAGGAGCCUGGGCCCAGCCCGGCACAUCCUAGGCGCCCGCUCCUGGGGGUGGAAACGGUCACUCCAACGGCAGUGUUUGAGGACUGCGUCUUUGGAAUCUUUGAGCUUGCCAGGGAGGAGGAGAACCAGGCAGGAGACCCAGGGAGGAGCACGGCAACUGCUGAUGUCACAAUGCCCCCCAGCCCUGACUCCCAGCUCCUGGGAGCCGUGGGGCAGCGGCAAGAGGAUGGCUGGCUGCAGCAAAGAGAGGACCAGGGAGGCCGUGGGAUCCUGAGCACAGGGGACAGCCAGAGAAAAAAAAUAAGCGUUGGGCAGGGCGACAGCCAAGACAUCCACGGAAAGAUGGGGAAUUACAGGAACCUCUCAGGAAUGUGGACCUUUGAUGUCAGGAAAUCUAUAAAAAUGAAAGACAAGGCUGCUGAGAAGAUGAUGAACACAGAAGAAGUGGGAUUCACAGAAAACAUUGGACUUCCCCCGAAUCUGCUAGAAAAGCACGACCCCUGGCCGGCCUAUGUCACCUAUACCUCCCCGACAGUGAAAAGGCUCAUUGAGAAAAGCAAAAUGAGGGAACUGGAAUGUACACUGUCUCUCGAGGAAAACCGCCGGAGGCAGAACAAGCCUUCCAGCAUCUUUCAGCAGAAGAGGAGAAAGUCGUCUGCGUCCUCCGGUGCCGUGUACCGGGACCCGCUGUCAGACAGCGCCCUGUCGCUGUGGGGUGCUUACUCUGCGUCGGCCAUGGGGCCCGCCAUGAUCCCAGAACCCACACGCGUGCACACAGAGUCCAGAGAGUGUCCCACUGCAAACUAUAACAAGAUCAUCUUCGCCCGCAAGCCUAUGAUGAGGGUGCUUCCGUACAGCUUGCUACUGACCAGCAAGGAGAAACAUUCACAUGUCUAGCAAGGGGUCCCUGCAGCCAUCCCCCAAGACUGUACAGCAAAUAAGCUUCAUUUGCCACAGAUUUUGCUAUGUCCUUUAAAUUUGAACUUGCUCCUCCCUGCUCCUCCCUGCUCCCCCCUGCUCCUCCACACACAGGUUGGCUGAGAAAAAGCAGAUCAGGAUGCAGCCGGGGCUGCACGCCCUCCAGAGCGUGGUCUGCUGGGGUUGGGCAGUCCCCGGCGCUAGUCUGAGCCGUAGAUGCUUAGGACGUUAACUGUGGGUGAAUCUUCCAGUCCAGGCAGGAGACAGAAAUCACACCAGUUGUUUUACUGGAGAUAACUUAAUAUAAAGAAUUAUUAACCAGGAGACUAAAGAGGCAGAAAGAAAAUACAAAGGGAUCAGUGGAGGCAGCAUCUGCAGGGAGCAGUUGUCAUCCCUGAGGCUGGGAGACGGGGAAGAAAUUGGACUCAUUAAAAGUUAGAGGCUAGGAGAGGGCACCUGGGGGCCGAAUCUCAGACUCUGGCAGGGGGCAGUGCGGGGGAUGAUGCGCAGUUGGGCUGGUCUCGCUGAGCUCCAAGGUCAGUGUCCCACCUCUGAGGGGAGCUGUUUGGCUGGUGUCUCUGUGGAGACACCCAUGAGGCUGCUUCUGUGAGUGUUAGAAAAACCAAACACUGGACUCAAAUUCUUCUGGAAGGAAGUGCCACUGCCUGGGUGAACACAAAGGGCUGCUAAGGGACGCCAGCAGCCUUCCUGACAGGCAUAGGAAGCCUCUAGAAGGUGGGCAGCAUGCAAACAGGAAGCAAACAAGGAGCCAGUUAGUUCCUUCUUCCUCUUCCAGCCUUGUGGGUUCCCGCUGGCGCCCCCUAUGGGCAGAGAUUAUCACGGCCUAACGCAGGAAUGCGGUUUGCAGAGUCCCAGCCCCAGCAUCUCCAAGUAGAGAAUGGAUUUUGAAGCCAAGAGAAAAUUAGCUUAAUAACCAGCACAGCACGGUUCUGAGUGAUCCCACCUGGCUGCUCCACUUGGCACCUGAACCUAGUAUUGAGAUGUUUUUCCCUUAGGGGACUUACAAAGGCACAGUGGGGGCCAGACUGUACCCUGCUGAGAAAUGGAGGCUUCUUUCCCCCUGUACUUUAAAGUUUGCCUGUGGAGCAGAGCUGGUGGGGGAGAAGUUCUUGGCUGGACCCCAGCUGUUAUUUGUCAAGGACAGCAAGAAUUGGUCCACCCAUGCUCUGAGUUGGCCCCAAAGCAGACUAUGCUGAAAUCUCCCCAAUCUCCAAGCAUACCAACUUUGUCUUUGGAUGCAAGAGUGAUCCGGUUAUGACAAGCUGGCCCAGCCAGUCUCAUGUCUGGGGUUUAUCUAGUGAGGAGGGCUGACCUUACCUGAGUUUCUGUGUGUGUAUUUGUGAGGCAGUUAAUACCCACCUGGCUUCCCUCACGGAGAAGUGGAACACACGAUGUACCGA